AUUUCAGUUUUAUCUUCAUACUGUACUGUCUGUGAAUGAGCGCUUGGUUUGUGACUUUGUCUAGUAAGCUCGAUGGAUAACACAAUUGACGAAUGUUACUCUCUUAUUCAGUGAUUCAUAAUUUGUUUCCAACAUAGGUUUCCAAAAAUACAGAUUUAUUUAGAUUUGUACUUUACUGGCUCCAAUGUGUAGCUUACAUCCGUGUUGCUGCCUCUAUCGCGCAGACUCGUCACUGCGGUUCACUGCGUUUCCGUGUUAGCUGGGCUGGCUAGCUGAUAGUGGCUGUCGUCAGGAGAGCCUACGAUCGACUCCGACUGGAUAUUGUAUCGAUGGAUAAAACAAAUAUUUUCGACAAUGCAUUAAUGUUCAUAAACUGUGUACUUGUGAAUGAUGCUAUGGAAAGUGCGGUGACUACACCGUCCGUAACAUGCGAUAUUAUCAAAACAAGAUAUUAGCCAAGUGUGCGUCUUAAGAGCAGUUUACGUUAUCUAGGUAACUGUUACCGCUAUAUAACAUUUAUGGUGGCUUCGUUGAUCCAUUUUUUGUGUUUUGUCCUCGUCUGUAUUGGUGGAAAAUGAAGAAGUUCAAUAUCAGAAAAGUGCUGGACGGCUUGACGGCUUCUUCCUCUGGCACUGCAUCUCCACAACCAGGAACUAAUCAAAACGAUGUGAUCCAAGAGACGCUACAAUCGGAGCAUUUCCAGCUCUGCAAGACUGUGCGCCAUGGCUUUCCCUACCAGCCCUCCUCCAUGGCCUUUGACCCUGUGCAAAAAAUUCUGGCCAUCGGGACUCAGAGCGGAGCUGUGAGACUUUUUGGCCGUGCGGGUGUGGAGUGUUACUGUCAGCAUGACAGUGGUGCAGCUGUAAUCCAGCUUCAGUUUCUGGUCAACGAGGGGGCGCUGGUGAGUGCCUUAGCUGAUGACAGCGUUCACCUGUGGAACCUGCGGCAGAAGCAACCAGCUAUCCUGCACACUCUCAAAUUCAAUCGGGAGAGGAUCACGUUUUGUCACCUGCCCUUCCAGAGUAAAUGGCUGUACAUCGGCACAGAGAAAGGAAACAUCCACAUCGUCAACGUUGAGUCCUUCACACUGUCAGGCUACGUCAUUAUGUGGAACAAAGCCAUCGAACUGUCCUCCAAGUCACACCCUGGGCCUGUGGUCCACAUCAGUGAUAACCCCAUGGAUGAGGGAAAGAUUUUGAUUGGAUUUGAAUGUGGGACCGUGGUGUUGUGGGAUCUGAAAUGCAAAAAAGCUGACUACCGCUACAAUCAUGAUGAGGCCAUCCACUCAGUAGCCUGGCACCAUGAGGGAAAACAGUUCACCUGCAGCCACUCAGAUGGAACUCUGACCACAUGGAACGUACGUGUCCCCGCCAAGCCUACAAUCACCAUCACACCACACGGUAAGCAGCCCAAGGAUGGAAAGAAGCCAGAACCAUGUAAACCUAUCCUCAAAGUGGAGUAUAAAACGACUAGAGCUGGGGACGCCUUCGUGGUCAUGUCUGGAGGCCUGUCCUAUGACACAGGGUGCAGGAGGUCCUGUCUGACGGUGAUGCAUGGGAAGAGUACUGCUGUCCUGGAGAUGGACUAUCCCAUCGUAGACUUCCUCACGCUCUGCGAAACACCAUAUCCUAAUGAUUUCCAGGAGCCUUAUGCUGUAGUUGUCCUCUUGGAAAAGGAUUUGGUUGUCAUCGACCUUGAACAAAUUGGGUACCCAAUAUUUGAGAACCCGUACCCUCUGUCGAUCCACGAGUCUCCAGUGACGUGCGUGGAGUACUUUGCUGACUGCCCUCCUGAACUCAUACCUGCACUUUACUCUGUGGGCUCCCGGCAAAAGAGACAGGGUUACAGUAAGAAGGAAUGGCCUAUAAGUGGUGGUAACUGGGGCCAAGGCACACUGAGCUACCCUGAGAUCAUCGUCACUGGACAUGCUGACGGAUCAAUCAAGUUUUGGGAUGCUUCUGCAAUAAUGCUCCAAGUACUGUACAAGCUGAAGACUGCCAAGGUAUUUGAGAAGGCUCUAAAGGGCGGUAAGGAGGAGAAGCCGAGCACAGAGAUAGUGGAUGAGGAUCCCUUUGCCAUCCAGACUUUGUCGUGGUGCCCAGAGAGCAGAAUGCUGUGUGUGGCCGGAGUCUCCGCCCACGUCAUCAUCUAUAGGUUCAGCAAACAGGAAAUGACCACAGAGGUGGUGCAGCUGUUGGAGGUGCGUAUGCAGGGUGAGCUGAACGAUGUGGAUUCUCCAGACCCAGCAGGAGACCAUCCUCCCACCCCCUCUACCCCAGUACCCCCCUCCUCCUCCAGCCCUACCCAGGAGAGAGAGCCCCCUGAGGCACAGCCCUUCACCUCUGAUGACCGGCCCAGGGAUAACGUACCAGGCCUUAAGGUCUGGAGCGCCCCUCUGAAGCAGUCUCCUGGUUACCAGGUGGAGCUGGUCAUUCAACUGGUCUGGGUUAGUGGGGAGCCGCCGCAGCAGAUCACCAGCCUGGCCGUCAGCUCGUCAGACGGACUUGUGGUGUUUGGCAACAGCAGCGGUCUGGCUGUCGUGGACUACCUUCAGAAGAGCCUCCUCCUGAACAUGAGCACGUCAGAGCUGUACAGUCCCUCAGACCCCUACCAGAGACAGCCUCGGUCGCCUCGCAAGACACGCCAGCCAUCUGGAGCUCUCAGUGAUAACAGCGAUGGAAACAACAUUUCAGAGGAGAAAAGCAGCAAAUCACCAACGUCAGCCAAGAUGUCAAAGAAAAUGAGCUCACCUACAGAGCAAAAGACAGGCCUGGAUGCCAAGGACAGUUCGUUCAGCCGCUCGAGGAGUUCCAGUGUGACCAGUAUAGAGCGGGAGUCCCGCGAAGCCAUCUCCUCCUUCCACUUCAGUGAGAGUUUCCCCAGGAAGACGGACAGCAGCCCCAGCCCCAGCCUGUGGUUGGGUACUACCCAGGGUACUGUCCUGGUCCUCUCCCUCAGCCUGCCACCUACAGGGGACCAGAGGCUGCAGCAACCUGUCGGAGUCUCUUCCUGUGGUACUCUGGUCAGACUAAAAGGAGGUAUCCUGACUAUGGCCUUCCUGGACUCCCUUGGGGCGGUCCUACCCCCUUCCUACGAGCCAUGGUCCGAGCCCAACGCUCCAGACGAGGAGAAGACAAGGAGGCGCAGGCCGGCCUCCCCACCCCCCACCCAGGAGGGUCAGGACAGCCAGUACGCUGUGGUGUGCUCAGAGAAACAGGCCAAGGUGGUGGGUCUGCCCUCCCAGUCCUGCUUCUUCAAACACAACAUCACAGAGAGCUCCUUCGUGCUGAGAGCUGACGUGGUGCAGAUGGCCGCUGGACUCUGCCUCGCCUGCUUCUGUGCUAAUGGACACAUCAUGACUCUGAGUCUACCCAGUCUCAGACCACUCCUGGAUGUGAACUACCUUCCCCUGACAGACAUGAGGAUAGCCCGGACCUUCUGCUUCUCCAACCUGGGCCAGGCCAUGUACCUCACCUCCCCCACCGAGAUACAGAGGAUCACAUACAGCCAGGAGACCUGCGACAAUCUGCAGGAGAUGAUGGGAGAGCUGUUUACACCGUUAGAGACACCAGAAGCUCCUAAUAGAGGUUUCUUCAAGGGCCUGUUUGGGGGAGGAGCUCAGUCGCUGGAUAGAGAAGAUCUGUUUGGUGAGACUGCGGCGGGUAAGGCAUCUCGUAGCCUGGCGCAGCACAUCCCCGGGCCCCAGGGCAUGGAGGGUAUGAAGGGAGCAGCCUCUGGGGUGGUGGGGGACCUGGCCCGUGCCAGGAUAGCCCUGGAUGAGAGGGGGCAGAAACUGGGCGAGCUGGAGGACAGAACCGCAGCCAUGAUGGCCAGCGCUGACUCCUUCUCUAAACACGCUCAUGAUAUGAUGCUGAAGUACAAAGAUAAGAAGUGGUACCAGCUCUGAUGGCAGCGAGGGGAGACAGUGGGACGCAGUUGUUUUGUUGCACCACUUCAUUAUCUACAGGUGAUGCAGCUCCUCCUCCUCUUCUCCUUCAUCUCUCUGCAGGAGGAAGAGGUGUUGUAUGACAGACUGAGAGGCUUUCUUCCGAGCAGCACAAUACAACACUGCAUUACCUCAGUCACCUGGUUACAGCAGACUGACUGACUGAAGCAGACUGACUGACUGAAGCAGACUGACUGACUGAAGCAGACUGACUGACUGAAGCAGACUGACUGACUGAAGCAGACUGACUGACUGAAGCAGACUGACUGAAACUGACUGACUGACUGAAACUGACUGACUGAAGCUGACUGACUGAAGCUGACUGACUGAAGCUGACUGACACAGACCUACUGACUGAUUGACACAGACCUACUGACUGACUGACACAGACCGACUGACUGACUGGCUGACGCUGACUGACUGGCUGACGCUGACCGACUGGCUGACGCUGACCGACUGGCUGACGCUGACCGACUGGCUGACGCGGACCGACUGGCUGACGCGGACCGACUGGCUGACGCGGACCGACUGGCUGACGCGGACCGACUGGCUGACGCGGACCGACUGGCUGACGCGGACCGACUGGCUGACGCGGACCGACUGGCUGACGCGGACCGACUGGCUGACGCGGACCGACUGGCUGACGCGGACCGACUGGCUGACGCGGACCGACUGGCUGACGCGGACCGACUGGCUGACGCGGACCGACUGGCUGACGCGGACCGACUGGCUGACGCGGACCGACUGGCUGACGCGGACCGACUGGCUGACGCGGACCGACUGGCUGACGCGGACCGACUGGCUGACGCGGACCGACUGGCUGACGCGGACCGACUGGCUGACGCGGACCGACUGGCUGACGCGGACCGACUGGCUGACGCGGACCGACUGGCUGACGCGGACCGACUGGCUGACGCGGACCGACUGGCUGACGCGGACCGACUGACUGGCUGACGCUGACCGACUGGCUGACACUGACUGACUGACUGGCUGACGCUGGCUGACUGACUGGCUGACGCUGACUGACUGGCUGACUGACUGGCUGACGCUGACUGACUGGCUGACGCUGACUGACUGGCUGACACUGACUGACUGACUGGCUGACGCUGACUGACUGACUGGCUGACGCUGGCUGACUGACUGGCUGACGCUGACUGACUGGCUGACGCUGACUGACUGGCUGACGCUGACUGACCGGCUGGCUGACGCUGGCUGACCGGCUGGCUGACGCUGGCUGACCGACUGGCUGACGCUGGCUGACUGACUUGCUGACGCUGACUGACUGGCUGACGCUGACUGACUGGCUGACGCUGACUGGCUGACGCUGACUGACUGGCUGACGCUGACUGACUGGCUGACGCUGACUGACUGGCUGACGCUGACUAACUGGCUGACGCUGACUGACUGACUGGCUGACGCACUGACUGACUGGCUGACGCUGACUGACUGGCUGACGCUGGCUGACUGACUGACUGGCUGACGCUGGCUGACUGACUGACUGGCUGACGCUGGCUGACUGGCUGACUGACUGACUGACUGACUGACUGGCUGACGCUGGCUGACUGACUGGCUGGCUGACGCUGGCUGACUGACUGGCUGACACUGACUGACUGACUGGCUGACACUGACUGACUGACUGGCUGACACUGACUGACUGACUGGCUGACACUGACUGACUGACUGGCUGACACUGACUGGCUGACACUGACUGACUGACUGGCUGACACUGACUGACUGACUGGCUGACACUGACUGACUGACUGGCUGACACUGACUGACUGACUGACUGGCUGACACUGACUGACUGGCUGACACUGACUGACUGGCUGACACUGACUGACUGACUGACUGGCUGACACUGACUGACUGACUGGCUGACACUGACUGACUGACUGGCUGACACUGACUGACUGACUGGCUGACACUGACUGACUGACUGGCUGACACUGACUGACUGACUGGCUGACACUGACUGACUGACUGGCUGACACUGACUGACUGACUGGCUGACACUGACUGACUGACUGGCUGACACUGACUGACUGACUGGCUGACACAGACAGAUUGACUGGCUGACACAGACAGAUUGACUGGCUGACACAGACAGAUUGACUGGCUGACACAGACAGAUUGACUGGCUGACACAGACAGAUUGACUCGGACGGACAGAUGGAGGAGGAGGAAGAGUUAUUCUGGAUCUUUCUUUCUAUGUCAUCUGAGGAGAUGAUGCUCAUUCCCUUAGUCCCUCUCCUCUGGGUUAAGGGGACUGAUCCUGUGUUUCAUCAGUCAUGCUCUUAUCUGUUCAGCUGUUUGGUUCUCCAAGAGGUAAGAUAACUAUACACAAUGAGUACUGUUGGAGGUUACCUGUGAGGUUACCUGUGCAGGGGCCAGGUGAGGUGUUGUCUGCUCUUCACAGUGUCAACCAAUCACAAUGGACCUCUAAGGGGAGUCUCCUGUGUGUGGAGGAAAACUCCAUGUAAACCAGCCAGUGGAACCAUCUCUGCUCCUGAAGUCCUAAUAUCUAUAGCAAUGGUUAUAAUGUAUCAACGAUUGAUUCAUCCCCUCUGUGUUUUAUCUCUGGUUUCUCCAUUUCUUUCUAUCUUAUGUUGGAUUUAGAUCUAUAUUUGUCAUCUUUAUUUGCUGUUUUUUGUUUUUCAAGAAAUUCCAUCCAAGCACUUAAUUAAUUAAACAUAAGUUUAUUGAUGAGUCAUAUU